UAAUUCUCUGUUUGUACAAGUUGUUUAUUCUUCUUCUAUUUGAAAAAAAAAAACUGUUUAACAAUUUAAUUUGAUCAGAUAUGAACCUAAAAGCCUCGCAGGAAAAGGAGACUAAAGGAAGACAAGAGGAUGGAUCAAGAGUAGUGGUGGAAACAACUGAUCAUCGUUCGUCGGCAGGGAAAGCUUCGGAGCAAAAAAAUGUAGAAGUGGUUCAUGAAUUUCACCCCAAAACUAGCGGUGGCGUUCUCGUCGGAGCUGCCGCUGCAGUUGAAUCCACCCUUGAAUCUGCCAAAGAAGUCAUCUCUCAAAACCUUAAAAAGUAAAAACAUCGGUUUACUAAUUUUUCAAGUACUUCACAAUUGUAAAUUAAAAUCUUAUUUGCAUUCCCAUAAUCAAACUAGCCCCUGACAUAAUUAGUUUUCACCGAUUUUUUUAUUGUUUUAAUC